AUGGAGGAGGACCCUCGAGAGAGGGCUUAUAAAGCUGUAACCUAUGCUGCUGUUACUUUUUCAAUUGUAGCUAUUCUUUCGGUUUGUAUCACUAUGCCGAUUGUAUAUAAUUUUGUGGAUACAGUUCAACAGCAAACCAAGAGAGAUAUGAUGUUCUGUAAGACCACUGCUCGUGAUAUUAUGGGCGAAAUCGAACAUCAAAAACCACAAUCACUUAGUUCUUUUGCUAACAAUGGCACAAAUAGGGUGAAAAGACAAGCUGUUGGUUGUGCGGGUUGUUGCUUGCCCGGACAUCCAGGACGACCUGGUCAACCUGGACGCAACGGUAAACCUGGUGUUCCCGGAACUCCUGGUAAACCGGGAACUCCAGGACGUCCUCCUAUCGUUUGUCAGGAAUUAGAUAUUCCUCCAUGUAAUCCAUGCCCUCCUGGCCCACCAGGACCCCAAGGACCAUCUGGACCCUCAGGAAACCCAGGUCGUGCUGGUAAUCCUGGAAGACCAGGAUCUCCAGGACAGCCAGGUCCCCCAGGACCAAACGGGCCAUCAGGACCAUCUGGAAACCCAGGAAAUGAAGGAGAGAAGGGAGAACCCGGUAGACCAGCUAUUUCCACUCCAUCUAUUCCAGGAGAACCCGGACCAUCGGGAGAGACAGGACCCUCCGGCUUACCUGGACCAGACGGACAACCUGGUCGCGACGGACAACCAGGACAACCAGGACCACAAGGACCAUCAGGACCACCCGGAGCUGCUGGACCACCAGGACCUGCAGGAAAGCCUGGAUUGGCUGGUCAACCAGGACCUCAAGGAGAACGUGGCAUAUGUCCCAAGUAUUGCGCAUUGGAUGGUGGAGUCUUUUUCGAAGAUGGCACCAGACGAUAA